AUGUACACCAUCACCACCUUCGCCGCAGUUGCCUUCGGGCUUCUCGCCCAGCUCGCCGCCCUCGCGGUGGUUGUCUGCUCCCUCGGCUUAGCAGUCCAAACUGCAAGCCCGACCGCCGCCCUCGCCGGGUUGGCUUUCCUUCUGUUGUUCUUCUCUCUGGUCUUCCCUCGCUUCCGAAAGGAGUACUUUGCAGCCUUUGCUUCUGCGGUGCUGGGCGGACUCCUGGCCCACUUUAACGGGUCUGCGAGCUUCUCGUCUGGUGCCUUCACCACCGCACUGACUGUAUUUGUGCUUUCUCUUGUGUGCAAGCACUUCCCGGGAUGCUUCAAUGUCCUGUGGAGGUACGUCGUUACCGCGGUGUGUUGCCUGGCCCCUGUCUUUUCUCCCUCGUGGAGGGCUUUCCUCGGAAAGUCGCGGGGGACUUGCAGGAAUUUCCCUGAGUUGAUUGAGAACGUUGUUCUCAUGAUUCCGCUGAGUCACAUCACCCUCCGCGAGUUACUCAACGAGGUGGCGCGGCGUCACGUUCAAGAGUUGAGAUUUGCCGAGCAAUGCGUCACCCUUGGGAAAGUUCUCGACAGCUCUCAAGCCGCUGUUGAUGAGUUCCGCCGUGUUCACCCGAACAGGAGGCUUUCCCAUUGUGUGCGCAGAUUUAUCUGGGAGCAGAUCCCCCUUGCCGAGAUGGAAGACGGUCUUUUUGAGUUGAGUCGUUUCUCUACCUGGGAACGGCUCCUCUUCCUCGCCGGUUUCUUGGGUUCUUUGCUGGAGACUGAGCUUGCUCGGUUGAAGGCCGCCUGUGAGAAACUGGAUGAGGUGAUCAACAAACGGCAGCAGUACAUUGCUUCUGCCAUCCAGAUCCAAAAGAUUGUCGUCAAACAGACAGCGGCAUACCCUAUCGUCAAGAUCCCGGCUGUGGCGCGUUUGCCCUCGCGGGCACUCGUGCUCAAGCCCGAUAGCUUGGUCCCUGCCGCACUCCCCCCUGCGUCUCCUAGACGACCAGAAGAGAAGAAGGACAUGAGCGUGUUCGAGAUGAUCGUCUCGACCGCUCGUCACCCCCGCAGCAAAAGCAAGGUUCUCCCCGUCACAGAGAACUGA